AUGGACGCCAGCACCACCUCUGCGCCGCCCGGCGGGGCCGCGCCUGCAGUGACGACGGUGCCCAUCACGCUGACGACGUCGCUCCACUCGCUGGCCAUCCCCUCGGGCCCCUACAUUGUGCCGACCGACUGGCGCCGCACGCACCUCUCGACGCUGGUCAACAAGCUGCUCCAGUCGACCAACGCCCUCGGCUUCGACGACCACGACCACGACGCCCAGCAGGAUGCCGCCGCCCGCUCCAUCCCCUUUGACUUUAUCGUCGACGGCCAGCUGCUCCGCACCAGCCUGCACGAGUACCUCGAGUCCGUCGGCCUCACGAGCGAGUCGACGCUACAGAUCGAAUACGUCCGCAGCACCCUGCCCCCGACCUUUGUCAGCGCCUUUGAGCAGGACGACUGGGUCGCCAGCGUCGAUGCCUCGGUGGACGGCUCCUUCCUGACGUCGAGCUACGACGGCAGCGUCCGCGUCUUUGCCGCCAACAACGCAUCCGACGCCCUCUACACCUUCUCGACCGUGCGGGUGGGAUCCAACAACCCUUCGCUCACCGAUGCGCGGUGGGUGCCCUCGGCCUCGUCGUCGUCGUCUGCCGCGGAUCCGGCCUCUUCGAGCAAGUCGAUCGUGACCGGAGGCAUGGACGGCGUGGUGCGCAUGUGGGACGUCGAGCUGCCCGCCGACCCGGCCCAAGCGGCGCUCGACGGCGCCUCGUCUGCACCAUCGAGCAGCCGGCGGCCGCACAAGAAGUGGAACGGCGAGUACCACACGCAGCCCGUCUCGUCGCUCGACGUUACCGCGGGCAACUUUGCCGGCACGUCGCACAUCAUGUCGGCGGCGUGGGACGGCGCGUUGGCGCUGUGGGACGACGAGCUGGUCGAGUCGGCGGGAGGCGGCGCCGAGGCCGACUACUCGUCCGAGGAGGAGGUCGACCUGGAUGCCAUCGACGCCAAUGGCGAGGGGGCCGACGACAACGAUGACGACAACGACGACUCGCAGGAUCCCGGCGCGCAGAGGCGGAAGCGGAGGAAGCUCAAGACGGGCGCAAAGAAGCAGGCGGCCACGCGCGACCGCCUGCGCAAGGAGCCCGUCAUGGUCGUCUGGCACACGGCGCCCGCCACGUCGGUCGCGCUCACCCAGGGGCGCAACGCUACCAGCCUCGUGCCGGGCACCAACGCGAGGGUGUCCAAAGCCCUGUUUGCGAAACGGGCCGGGGGGUCAAAGGACCCCAACUCGGCGUGGAGCGCCGGCUGGGACGGCAGCCUCAAGAGCUGGGACUUUGGCAUCGGCGGCGUCAACACGAGCACAAAGACGUCUGACAAGGUGAUUCUGUGCAUGGACCAGCUGGCGCCCCUGGCCGGCUCGGGCGCCGCAGUGCUGGCGACGGGCCACAUGGAUCGCAGCGCCGCCAUCUGGGACACGAGGACCGAUGCGGUCCAGGUCGCGCUGCACCUGUCGCAGAUCCACUCUGGGCCGGUGAGCGCGAUCCGCGCGCACCCGACGUCGUCGCACCUCUUCAGCACGGCGUCGCACGACGGCACCGUCAAGCUGUGGGACAGCCGCAGCCCGAAACGCUCGCUGUUUUCGCUGGUGCGGCCCGCGUCCAAGGAGGCGCCGGCGCUGCUGCAGGACAAGGUGCUGGCGCUCGACUGGAGCCGCGAUGGGCAGGUCAUUGUCGCCGGUGGGCAGGACAAGCGCAUCACCCUGCACCGCGGCAGCGGCAUCGGGAGGGAGGAUUGA